AUGAUCUGGUGCCAGCGCCUGCUAACAGCCUACGGCCUUUCCUCAGGGGUGAUCAGCGAGCCUAAGAAGGGCACUCGACCUGAGGAGGAAAGGGAGAAGGGCCCGGUUCGCUACGCAAACCUCAUGUACGACCGGAGAGUGGUGCGCGGCAACACCUACGCGCUGCAGGUCCUGCCGGGGAGUACCCAGCCAGAUCCUCUUGAAAUUCAAAGGCAGAGAGAAGCACGGAGAAGAGCAUUGUCCAGAAAACGAGCCAAAGAGCAGAUGCAGCCAAGAACACCUGAGCCUGUGGAAGGCAGAGAGCAUGUUCAUGUGCAGACAGAGCUAUAUUUGGAAGAGAUUAGAGACCGAAUAAUAGAAGUUGAUGUGGAGUGUCAGACAGAUGCCUUUCUGGACAGACCACCCACCCCCCUCUUCAUACCAGCCAAAACGGGAAGGGAUGUGGACACGCAAAUAGAAGAAGGAGAGUUGUUUGACUUUGACAUUGAAGUGAAGCCAAUGCUGGAAGUGUUGAUAGGGAAGACCAUUGAGCAAUCCUUACUGGAAGUCAUGGAGGAAGAAGAGCUGGCCAACCUGCAAGCGCAUCAGCGUGCAUAUGGGGAGCUGCGUAAUGCAGAGCUGGCUGAGGUGCAGCGUUUGGAAGAGCAGGAGAGGCGUUACAGCGAGGAGAAGGAACGUCGCAAACGCCAGCGGAUGGAAAUGCUGAAAAAACAGAAAGAAACUACAGAGAAAAUUGCAGCUCGGGCAUUUGCUCAGCGUUACUUGGCUGAUCUCAUUCCAUCAGUCUUCAACAAUCUUCGUGAGAGUGGAUAUUUCUAUGACCCUAUAGAGAGAGAUAUUGAAACAGAAUUCCUUCCAUGGCUGAUGACAGAAGUGGAAGGAGCGUUGGAGAAGAAAGUUCUGGGGAGGACAGUGCUUGACUCUUUGAUUUGUACAGUGGUUGGAAAACGCUUAGAUGCCUUUAAUCAUAAACAACUGCCUGACCAGACAGAGGUUCGCCCUGAAGAGCCCGUGACAACGGCUGCAGCC